AUGUGCCAACAUCAGCAUAACAUAUUGGUAGACUCGAAUGGUCGUGCCUUUGUAAAGGGUAGCGGGCUUUCCACGAUGCUCAAUGAGAUCGCGGAAUCAGGAUCUGACGAGACCCGUCUGGGUGAUGUUCCCUGGACAGCUCCCGAGUUAAUGAUCAACAGCUCUAGCGGACUUCCGACGUCUCAAAGUGAUGUGUGGUCUUUCGGUUGCAACAUGAUACAUGUUCUUUCUGGACAGGAGCCCUGGCAGAAAGCCCCAGAUAACACUGUAAAGGCUCGUUUGCGUGACAGCCAAGUGCCGCCAUUCCCUGAAGGAAUCAGUGAUAAAGAUCUAUCUUUCCUCCGGCGAUGCUUCUCGCUUCGGCCUGCGGAUCGCCCUUCUGCAGAUCAGAUCCUAGCCGUUGUACACGAAGAGUUCCCGCCGCGUUGCAUACCCGGAAUACUGCAGACCGUGGAAGCUACAGUCUCCGAGGCAAGUUCGUUUAUCGAAUCUAUGUUCGUGCACAAGUUGACUUGGAUAUCAGCAUAA